AUGGUGGCAUUUUUUUUUGUGCAGCAAGUCUACACGCCUAAAGAGCUCCACGAGCUCGUCAAACUCACAAUGGCGAUAUUUCAAAAAGAGCCGUCGUUGGCGACGAUGUCGCCGCCGUGCACCGUCGUCGGCGACAUUCACGGCCAAUAUCGCGAUCUGAUUCGCAUUCUCAAUUGUCGACACGGCAACGACGUACGCAACGUCGAGAGGCACGAGAAGAAGUUUGGAUUCGCGUCGACGAGAUUCAUGUUCCUCGGCGAUUUCGUCGAUCGCGGCUCGCACUCGGUCGAAUGCAUUUGUCUCGUGUUCGCGCUCAAAGUGCUAUUCCCGUCGCAGUACGUGCUGCUUCGCGGCAAUCACGAGACGAAGGCGAUCAAUUUCGCGUACGGAUUUCGCGAGGAGCUUCUCAACAAACUCGGCGCGAAAGACGGCCUCGAUGUGUGGGAGCACUUCAACGAGGCGUUCUCGUGGAUGCCCGUCGCCGGCCUUAUCGGCGGCAAGAUUCUGUGUAUGCACGGCGGAAUUUCGCCGUAUCUCACGUCGCUCAACGACAUCAAAAAUAUUCAACGCCCAAUCGUCGACAUCAACGACAAUAAACUCGCGCUUGACCUAUUGUGGUCCGAUCCUCUGGACCACGGCAAUGUGCACGCGAUCAAUGAGAACCCGCAAUUUCUGAAAAACGCCCUUCGCGGUCUGUCGUGCACAUUCAAUGAGCAGGCCGUCAAAGAAUGUGUGAACAAAUUGAACAUUCAGCUUGUUGUUCGAGCACAUCAGAUGAUGGAGAAUGGCUUCAAAUUCUACGCCGAUCGCAAACUGAUUACGAUUUUCUCGGCGCCGAGAUACAUGAACGAGACCGAGAAUAAAGGAGCCAUAUUGAAGGUGUCGGAGACAGGCGCUGUAUCGAUUAUCACGUUGAAGGCGCGAAAAAAUGGUGUUGGCUUGUUUUUUUUGUUGUUGUAG